GAACAGCUGUCGAAGCGCGCUUCAUUUUCCAAUUGUUCGCGUCCUUACGAAAUUGUUAUUUAAAGUAUUGUUUUUUGUGAAUUGUUUAGAAUUGUCUUAAACAAGGUGUAUUAGGAAAGUAAAACGCAUGGACCAAUCAAAACAGGUUCUGCGGGACUAUUGCGGCGAUGGCAAUGGAACCUGCACAUCGUCCUUGAGGGAGAUAACCUUGAUCGAAACCGUGACCAGCUUCCUGGAAGAGAAUGGCGCAGCAGAAAUUGACAGGAAGGUGCUCCGCAAACUGGCCGAGGCUCUGUCCAAGAGCAUAGACGACACCAGUCCAGGGGCUUUGCAAGAUGUCACCAUGGAGAAUUCAUAUGCCAGUUUUGAUCCAUCUCGACCACCAGGUGGCAGCCACUCGCCGAUGGCUGUCCAGGGUCGAUCGGUGCGUGAACUGGAGGAACAAAUGUCGACGCUUCGGAAGGAAAACUUCAAUCUGAAGCUGCGCAUCUACUUUAUGGAGGAAGGCCAGCCAGGUGCCCGUUCCAAUCACAACGGCGAAUCCGCAUCCAAGCAGCUGAUUGAGUCAAAGAUUGAGGUCGAGGUGCUGCGCAAAACGGUGGAGGAGAAGACGGAGCUCUUGAAGGAUGCCGCCAGGGCCAUUUCCCAUCACGAGGAGAUACAGCGCAAGGCGGAUAUGGAAAGUCAGGCCAUGAUUGAUCAUCUGCAGGAACAAAUACGCGGCUAUCAGGCUGCAUCUAGAGCUGGCAACCCAAGUGCUGUGAUUGACGCUGAGAAGCUCAGGCGGCUGGAGCAAGAGAUCCAGAGGCUGGAGAACGAACUGCUGGAGGGCGAUAUGCGUCACACGGCAGCUAAGAGUCAGUUGGAAUUCGCGCUGGCCGAGCGCCUGGACUCACUGAUGGCCUGCGAGGCCAAGAUCGAGGAGCUCGCCAUCAAGAAUGCCGAGCUGGUGGAACGCCUCCAAAAGGAUACAGAAUCCAGCGAAGCGGCCAAUGAGACCAUUGUGAAGCUAAGGGCCGAACUAGGGGGUUGCCAUGAUGAGAACGGACGGCUGACGAACGCCGUCAGUGCGGCGGAGACGGAGCUAAAGCGUCAGAACAAUUCGAUCAGGGAGGCCACCGAUACGCUGGACGUCCAGCGAAAGGCCAUCCAGUUAAUGGAAGGCAAUAUCAAGCACAAAGAUGCCAAUUACAGCCGCCUGUUGGGAAGUGUAUUGGAUUAUGAGGCGCUGAUAGCCAAGCAGACCACUGAGAUGGAUUCGUUGCGACAGGAGAUUCAAUACUACCGCGAUCUCACCGAAAAUCUGCAGCAGAAGGUGCAAAUGCAGCGGCUCGAACGCGUGGCCAUUGUGCAGCCGAUGCGCACGGUGGCGGAUGCCGGGUGUCUUAUGUGGCAGACGGGGCCCUGUACGCGAAAGUCUUUGCCAGUGGAGUGCCGCCCAGGUGAUCUUUUCUUCCGACCCGGAUGCCCAGCUCCUAAACACCAAUCAUCGUCCACAGCAGCAGCAGCAGCAGCGUCAAACGCAUCAGCAACAACCUCAGCCAUUGCAACAGCUUCCAGUGAACAGGCAACCGACCCAUCUACCAACGAGCAUCCACAGCAGCCGGAGGCAGCGAUACCCCGGUGGACAUGCGGCGCUCCUAACUGUUGCUGCACCCAGCACGGCCUUUUACAAUUACUCGCUGCCAAGUUUGACUGGGUUCCGGCAGUUCCUUUGGCGAUGGGGCACCUCGCCCUCAAACUGACCCUUUUGUGGGUGCGAUUGCACACCUGCCUGUUGAGCACCGGAACUCCGAUCUAUGCUAAGCGAGAACUGAACGCCCAGUUGGCCGACAGGAUGUGCGAGCUGCAGGAUGCCCAAGAGAAGCUGAAGGAGCGAGAGCGCAUCCACGAGCAGGCCUGUCGCACCAUCCAGAAGUUGAUGCAGAAGCUGAGCAGCCAAGAGAAGGAGAUCAAGCGGCUUAAUCAGCAGCAGAAGGAGCAGUCGGUUAACAAGGAGAACGACACCGCCAAAUCGAUUGCUUCGCCCUCAUCAACUGGCCGAUCCCUGAGCGACAACGAGGUCUGUUCCCCGGACAUCUCUUCGAGCUUGAAGGAUCGUUACGAGCUUAAGAUUUCCGAGCAGGAGGAACUAAUCAAGCAGCUGAAAGCAGAGGUUAAAAAGAAGACGACCAACCUGCAGAACCUGGUGAACAGAGAGCUUUGGGAGAAGAACCGUGAGGUGGAGCGCCUCACCAAGCUUCUGGCGAACCAACAAAAGUCGCUUCCUCAGAUCGGUGAGGAGUCCUCCGGUGAAGCUGUCGCGGAUCUCCAGCAGUCAUUCUCUGAGGCAGACUACUUGCGUGCGGUGGAACGCAACAAGCUGCUGCAACGUAAGGUGGACGUACUCUUCCAGCGGCUGACCGAUGAUCAACAGAAUUCCGCUGUUAUAAGCCAACUGCGUAUGGAGCUCAAGAAAGCCCACGCGGAUGUGGAGAGUGCGGACAAGUGGCGCCUGGAGUGCGCCGACGUUUGCGGUGUGCUGACCAAUCGCCUGGAGGAACUGGCCGGUUUCCUCAACUCCCUGCUGAAGCACAAGGAUGUGCUAGGGGUGCUUGCCGCAGAUCGUCGUCACGCCAUGCGAAAGGCCGUGGAUCGCAGUCUGGAUCUGUCCAAGAGCCUCAACAUGACUCUUAACAUCACGGGCACCUCCCUGGCCGACCAGAGUCUGGCCCAGCUGUGCAAUCUCUCCGAGAUUCUGUACACCGAAGGUGACCUUAGUCAAAAGACUUUCAAUUCCCACGAAGAGAUCCAUGCCGCCAGUUCAAUGAGUCCAACAAUGGAGAACUUGAAGGCGGAGAACAAGGCUCUCAAGCGGGAACUGGAGAAGCGACGCUCCACCGAUGGUCAACAGCAGCUGCGCAAGGAGCGCCGUUCGCUGCCGCUUCCCAGCCAGCAGUUGGACAACCACAGCGAGUCAGAGGCUUGGUCGGAGCCAGAUCGCAAGGUUUCCUUGGCGCGCAUCGGCUUGGAGGAGAACUCCAAUAGCUUGGCGGCACCCGAGCAGCCUGGCAGUGAGUCCGAAAGCGAAGGACGCGCCUGCUCGACUCGCCAAGACCGAAGCCGCAACAGCGAGCGCAUCGCUCAGCUGGAGGAGCAAAUCGCCCAGAAGGACGAACGAAUGCUUAACGUGCAGUGCCAACUAGUGGAUCUGGACAACCGAUACAAACAAGAGCAACUGCGCUGCAUGGAACUCACCCAGCAACUGGAGCAGCUUCGAGCCAUCAACGAAGCUCUCAAAGCAGAUCUGCAAGCCAUUGGAACCCACGAGGACCAGCGAAUGGUGGAGCUACAGAAGCUGCUGGAGGUUAAGAGUCAGCAGAUCGAUCAGUUGAAGCUCGCCCAAAGUACUUUGACAGCCGAUGCCCAAAUAACCGAUAUGGAGCUACAAGCGGCACAGCAGCAGAUCCACGAGAUGGAGCAACAAUACUCUGAGUCGGUGGAUCAGUUGCAGACCCAGCUGGAGAAGCACAAGGUGGAGGCAAUUGAACAGCUCGAGGAGCACGAGCGCCUGCACCAGGAGGCCCUCGAACGCGACUGGGUGGCACUGAGCACCUAUCAGGAGCAGGCUCAACAGUUGCUGGAGUUGCAGCGUUCCCUAGACUACCACCAGGAGAACGAGAAGGAGCUGAAGCAGACUCUGGUGGAGAAUGAGCUGGCCACACGGGCUCUCAAGAAACAGCUAGACGAAAGCACUCUGCAGGCCUCCAAGGCGGUGAUGGAGCGCACCAAGGCCUACAACGACAAGCUGCAGUUGGAGAAGCGCUCCGAGGAACUGAAACAGCAGCUGGAGGCUCUCAAGGAGGAGCAACGCAACCUUCAGCAGCAGCAGAAGCGCUCCAACAGCAGCGAUGUCUCCCAAUCAGGGUAUACCUCCGAGGAGGUGGCCGUGCCUAUGGGUGCGGGGGCUCUUGGAGCUGCCCAAGCGGGUGCCGCUUCCAAUCCAGCUGCCGCUGCUGUGGUGGCCCAGAGGCUGAACAAUUCAUCCCCGGAUUUGGGAAUAGAAAGUGAUGCAGGACGCAUUUCCAGCGUGGAACUGUCCAAUGCCCAGCGAGCACUGCUCAAGACAGUGGAACUUACGAGCGAGAAGACCAAGUCAGAAGAAAAUGCUUCUCCAGAGGGAAAGGGCACUGUUACCACCACAGACCACGACUGUGCCAAGGUAGAUCUUGAAAAUGCCGAACUGAGGCGCAAACUAAUCCGCACCAAGCGCGCAUUCGAAGACACCUACGAAAAACUGCGUCUGGCUAACAAAGCAAAAGCACAAGUCGAGAAAGACAUCAAAAAUCAAAUACUAAAAACGCACAACGUCCUGCGAAAUGUUCGCUCAAACAUGGAAAAUGAGUUAUAACAAUUGAAACGACGUCCAGCAUAUCAGUCAGCAUUAACCUGAGAGGCCAUCAUUAUCCACAUCCUGAUUUGCUAAUAUACCUUACUUCCACUGUUCUUGCCAUUUUCAUUUUAAUAUUUUUUUUGUCAGUCAACUUUGUAUUUUGUUACUCGCGUUACUAACUUAAUUUAUUGUCCAAUCAUUGUGUUUGUAGCGGAACGUAAACAACGAAGGUUUUAAUACGGAAUAUACCCAUGCAUUUUCUGAAGACUGUUUUAGGGAAUUAAAACCAGCACACCAAUGUGCGUUGAAUCAAUUAACGAAAUAUCACACCUAUUCUUAGCACCAUCGCAUAAAGUUAACAAUGAAACAGUGUGCUGACAAACUGUAUCUAAUCAUGAUCUAAUUACCUGUCGCCAUCAUUCAUAUUGAAUGACAUAUGUAUAUUAGACUGUAUAUAUAUAUAUCCUCUUAGUACCUAAACUUUAAUCCAUAUUCUGUUAGCAUACUCCCACAACACAUUUGUCCAUUUAACAUUAAUUUUUUUUGUAACUACCGUCUCCCGUGCACGUGCUGCUUGUUUAAUUUAUUAACUUACUGCUCAACUGCUCUGAAUCCCUGAUUUCAGUUUAUCAUCGAAACGGAUAUUGAAAUAAUUGUUUGAUUUACCCACCACGAUCCAUGGUUUAACCACGUUGCCAUCCAAAAGCCCCCUUGUACAAUGUGUAAAAAGUAGUGUGCGGUGUCCGGAGAACCAAGACCUAGAACUUAAGACAUUUGUAUUUUGUCGUUUAAUGAAUAAAACAUUUAGUUAGAAUUAAAUAUA